AGGCGCAAUACCGCAGCUUCAACCUCUAGGUAGCAACUGCUUCACUCUUUCCUUCCUUAGUCCUGCUAUCCUCUGCAUUAUUUUUGCUCUCGAACCUCACGAAUAUUCCUGCCCUUACUGACGCAACCUACCGCCACGUUUCGACUGCACAUACCCGGAGAAGAGCGCUUCGUGGGGCGAACAGGUCGACUGAAGUCGUGGAAACCUGGAAGCCAUGUUUCGAGCUCAGCAGAACGUCUUUGAUGAUGUCGUGGUUAAGGCCACCGACGAGAAUCUGACCAGCGAGAACUGGGAAUACAUACUGGAUGUCUGUGACAAAGUCGGCUCACAAGAGUCGGGCGCCAAAGAUGCCGUCGCAGCCAUGAUCAAGCGGUUGGCGCAUCGCAAUGCCAACGUGCAACUUUAUACACUGGAACUGGCAAAUGCGUUGAGUCAGAACUGCGGAGUCAAUAUGCACAAAGAACUAGCUAGUAGGAGCUUCACGGAAGCGCUUCUGAGGUUGGCUGCGGAUAGGAACACCCACCAGCAGGUCAAGGCUAAGAUCUUGGAGCGAAUGGCUGAGUGGAGUGAGAUGUUCUCCAAAGAUCCGGAUCUGGGCAUCAUGCAGGGAGCUUACAUGAAGCUAAAAUCACAGAAUCCUAACCUGAGAGCGCCCUCCAAACCCCAGAAAACUCAAAUCACGGACACCGACCGGCAAAAGGAGGAAGAGGAGCUUCAAAUGGCCCUAGCACUCUCGAUAAAGGACAAGGCAUCUUCAGCGCCAUCAGCUGCCAAGUCAAAUGCCCCAACGGGGGGCAAUUCAAGCUCCCAGCCUACUCAACAAAGCUCAACGCCACUACCAUCUGGAACCACAGCCGCAACCGUUUCACGCGUACGAGGUCUGUUCGACUUCCAACCGUCCGAGCCUGGCGAAUUACAAUUUCGUAAAGGAGACAUCAUUGCUGUUCUUGAAUCGGUAUACAAGGAUUGGUGGAAGGGAUCUCUGAGGGGGCAAACGGGCAUUUUCCCACUGAACUAUGUGGAGAAGCUGCAGGACCCCACCAAAGAAGAGCUAGAGAGGGAGGCACAGAUGGAGGCUGAGGUAUUCGCGCAAAUCAGGAAUGUGGAAAAGUUGCUGGCAUUACUGAGCACAAGUUCAAGAGCAGGCGACGGUGACGCGAGAGACAACGAGGAGAUCACGAGUUUGUACCAUUCGACACUGGCAAUACGACCGAAGCUGAUUGAACUCAUCGGGAAAUACUCACAGAAGAAGGACGACUUCACACAGCUCAACGAAAAGUUCAUCAAGGCUCGCCGCGACUACGAGUCGCUCCUCGAAGCAUCAAUGUCACAACCACCACAACCUUCGUAUGGCCGGCCCGCAUACGGAUACGGAGCCCCGCCCCCACAGGCCGCGUAUGGCGCACCGCAAGGAGCACCAGGUUAUCCUCCGCAGAGCCCCCCUCCUCAAGAUCCAGGUCGUUUCUAUGGCGGGGGACCUCCAGGCGCUUCAUCAGAGCCCCCCUCACAAUACCCGGCUAGCCAGCCCACAGGCCCUGCCUUCUUCAUGGUCCCUCCAGGACAACAACCACAGCCACAACCACAACGAACCAGCCCAAAGCCCCAAGCAGAUCCCUACGCGCAGCCAUUGCGAGUGGGCCAAGGCCGACCCCAAUCAACCUUUGGACCCCAAGAACUCGCCACAGGCCAUUACGACUCCCCCAUCGACAACCGCGCCAGUUUCAUCCCCGGCCAGGCUCCACAAGCCUCCGCGCCCGGCUACGAAGGCUACGCGCCCUCAAAUAUCGCUCAAAGCCAACAUCCUGCGAACCAGCCACCACCGGGCUAUCCUCCUCAACAGCAGCCUCCUGCCACAGGAGCCCCUUACGAUGCUCUAUACUCCCCCCAGCAGCCUCCCUCAGACCCCUAUGGACACCCACAGCCGCCAUCGCAUGCGCCGCCGGGAGUACCUAGCUCGCCCCCACCACCAGGCGCGGGCUAUCAAGCGUAUCAGCCACCUGGACGAACAGGCCCGUAUGCGGCGGGAUGGGCGCCAAGAGGGCAGGAAGCAGGUGCAGGAGCAGGGCAGGGAGACGGCGGAGAUGAGGGGUUCUACAGGUGAAGUACUGGCAAUUAUUUGGAAAACGAGGCUCUUCGUGGAUUCUUAGGGGUUAAGCGUAGUGCUUGAUUAUCGAUCAUCUUGAGGUCGUAAUUUGUAAAUUCUUGACCGAGAAGGGAAAAGGGGGAGGCCGGAGGAACUGGUUUGGUAGCAUGGCGUUGGCCUCGUUACCAUGUGGGAUUGGAGACGAGAAAGCAUGAAGGCAGAGCAUGGCGCCUGAUUAUCUCAUCUCGAUAGUGUAAAAUGAUCAACGAGUUUCGAUUCAGUC